GUUUGUUUUUAUUAAAUAUGUCUCUUAGAAGACUAAAUAGGAUUGCUUUUCAAGUUGUUUUGGAGAUGAUUCAAAGAUUUAAAACUGCAAAUACUUUAAACAAUUUUGGAAAAGUUGGAUUGAAAAUUUUGAAGCACAAUCGAUUUACUUUACGUCGAACUGUUCUUAGAGGAUUUCGAGUUAUAGCCAGACAACCAGCUCAACUUUGGAGGCCAUUUGCUUCCCUACAUUUCCGGCAUCAACAACAAUUAAAUCAAAGAUUGAAUGGUUUCAAUUUCAUUAAAGACAAUAAACCUAAAAGAGACAUCCUCCAUCUUGUUAGGAAUUUAUUUGGUACAAAUGCUCGUUAUAAUCGUGGCCUUUCUUCAACUGAAAUGCCCAACAAUUUGGAUGCCUAUGAAAUUGGCAAGUACAUUGCCUCUGGCUGUAAUGGCGCUGUCUUUCAACUCCGUCUUAAACAAGAGUUAGCUAGUAAUAAUAAUAUUGAUGAAUCUCAAUUUGAUCAUCCCUACAAAGCAAGUUAUAUUCUAACCUAUAUAUCUUUGUAUCCAUUGGCACUCAAAGUUUUAUUUAUUGAUGGAUUAACACAGGAGCGGUUUAUUUGGAAAGAAAUGGCUUCAGAACUUAUUCCACUUGUUAGGCUUCCAAAGACAGUUUUUGAUGGAAAAUUUGCAAGAAUAAAAACAAUUUCUCGUUCCCAUCCAAAUAUAAUCAAAAUGUAUACAGCUUUUACUGAUAAAUUUUCUGCAUUACCUGAGGCUGAAAAAAUUUUGAUAAAUAAACUACAAAAUCGUCGUUUUAAUUUACAAAAUUGUUUAGAGGAUUUUAAUGAAGCAAAAACACUUUAUGUUGUUAUGAAAAGAUAUCGAAUGACUCUACAAACUUAUCUAAAAUCUCAUAAAAGAAAUUAUUUGCAAGCAAGAAUUAUGUUUGGUCAAUUAAUGGAAGCAAUUGUUUUUCUUCACAAAAAUACAAUUUGUCAUCGAGAUAUGAAGUCUGAUAAUAUUCUUUUGGAUUUUGAUUUUGAAGAUGAAGUGCCACAUUUGGUUCUUAGUGAUUUCGGCUCAGCAUUGUCGAAUGGUGAAUGGAUUUUGCACAGUUCUAGUGAUGGGGAAUUCAGCGACUUGGGUGGAAAUUUAGCUUUGAGAGCACCAGAAAUACGUAGAAUACGUCCAGGGUUAAAUUCAUGGGUUGAUUAUGAAAUGGCAGAUACUUGGGCUGCUGGAACACUUGCUUUUGAGAUUUUUACAAGGAGAAAUCCAUUUUAUGCAGUUUUGAGUAGUGCAACAUACAAAGAAUCAGAUUUGCCUCCUUUACCCACUCGUUUAAUUAACCCAAUAAAACAAGUUAUUCAUCAAAUGCUUUGUAUUGAUCCAAAGAAAAGACCGAAACCAGAAAUUGGUGCAAAUAUUGUGGCUAUUUCACUUUUUGGGAUGAAAAUUGGAAAAAUUUUGGAUGAAUUUUCGAAUAAAAUAGAAAGUGCAAUUAAUUCUAUUGUUCAACUUUAUGCUAGCGAAACAAUUUUAGCUCGUUUUCUUAAUCCAAAAACUAUUAGUAAUGCUGAACUUCAGCUUCGGGCAACUUUUCUUUCUCGUAUGGAUUUUGAAGAAUUACACACAGCAUUAAAUUAUUAUAUUGAAAAUAGAGAAGGAGGAAUUCAAGGAGAGGAAAUUCCUUCAAAAUUAAUUUCUAAUGAAGUUUAUUCUUCUUUUAUUAAUCAAGAGGCCUUCUCAUCAGCUAUAACAAAAUAA